AGUUGGUGUGUAGGUGAGGUAGAACCCUUCACCUGAGGUGACUGCGCGAUGGGUGCCUAUAAGUAUGUUUCAGAGCUUUGGCGCAAGAAGCAGUCUGAUGUCAUGAGAUUCUUGCAGCGGGUGAGGUGCUGGGAGUAUAGGCAGCAACCUUCAAUUGUUCGUCUGACAAGGCCGACUCGACCUGAUAAGGCUCGUCGCUUGGGCUAUAAAGCCAAGCAGGGCUAUGUGGUUUACCGAGUUCGUGUACGGAGGGGGGGCAGAAAGAGACCAGUUCCCAAAGGUAUUGUUUAUGGGAAGCCCACAAAUCAGGGUGUAACUCAACUGAAAUUUCAGCGUAGCAAGAGGUCAGUUGCUGAGGAGCGAGCUGGACGGAAGCUUGGUGGCCUUAGGGUCCUCAAUUCUUACUGGGUGAACGAGGACUCGACUUAUAAGUAUUUUGAGAUAAUUCUGGUGGAUGUUGCUCACACUGCCAUUAGAAAUGAUCCAAGAAUCAAUUGGCUCUGCAAUCCAGUGCACAAACACAGGGAGCUCCGUGGGCUCACCUCUGCUGGGAAAAGUAACAGGGGCUUACGUGGCAGAGGACAUCUGUACCACAAAGCACGUCCAUCCCGCAGGGCAACCUGGAAGAGAAACAACACUUUGUCCCUUCGCCGCUACCGUUGAUUUUUCUGCAGUUAUUUAUUUUUGUUUCAUUUUCUGAAUACUAUUUUGAGGACAUAACAUUUGUUGUUUUUUAUUUGAAAUCCGAGUUUUGAACGCCCGAA